GCCCUAGCAAAAGAUACGUUCCUAAAGCGAACCAACCCUGCCGGCGCCUCUUGAAAUGGAGACGGUCACUUCUUCAGAUAGCUCCCCAGCUCUGGAAAAUGAGCAUCCUCAAGGAAGCUACUGGAAGAUGUGCUCCACCAGAACAAGGGAGUAAUCAAAAAGAUGAAAACAUGGGAUACAGGAUACAGGAGUGCCAAUACAGGAGAGACGUGAAAGGGGGCCCCUGGAUGGUGAUGAAGGAAGACCUCAGCAGUGUACACCAGGCAAAGCAGCCCAGAUUUGAGCAGAGACCCCAGAAUCCAACAAUAGUGUGUAUACUUCCUUCAUGAAGUCUCAUCGCUGCUAUGACCUGAUUCCCACAAGCUCCAAAUUGGUCGUAUUUGAUACUUCCCUUCAGGUGAAGAAAGCUUUCUUUGCUUUAGUGACUAAUGGUGUACGAGCUGCCCCUUUGUGGGACAGUAAGAAGCAAAGUUUUGUGGGCAUGCUGACCAUUACCGAUUUCAUCAAUAUCCUUCACCGCUACUAUAAGUCAGCCUUGGUACAGAUCUAUGAGCUGGAAGAACACAAGAUAGAGACUUGGAGAGAAGUGUACCUACAGGACUCCUUUAAACCACUUGUCUGCAUUUCUCCUAAUGCCAGCUUGUUUGAUGCUGUCUCUUCAUUAAUUCGAAACAAGAUCCAUAGGCUGCCAGUUAUUGACCCAGAAUCAGGCAACACGUUGUACAUCCUCACCCAUAAGCGCAUCCUCAAGUUCCUCAAGUUGUUUAUCACUGAGUUCCCCAAGCCAGAAUUCAUGUCUAAGUCUCUGGAAGAGCUACAGAUCGGCACAUAUGCUAAUAUCGCUAUGGUCCGCACUACCACCCCCGUCUAUGUGGCUCUAGGCAUCUUUGUACAACACCGAGUGUCUGCCCUGCCAGUGGUGGAUGAGAAAGGGCGUGUGGUGGACAUCUACUCCAAGUUUGAUGUUAUCAAUCUGGCAGCAGAAAAAACCUACAACAACUUAGAUGUGUCUGUGACCAAAGCCCUGCAACAUAGGUCACAUUACUUUGAGGGUGUCCUUAAGUGCUAUCUGCAUGAGACUCUGGAGACCAUCAUCAGCAGGCUGGUGGAAGCAGAGGUUCACCGGCUUGUAGUGGUGGAUGAGAAUGAUGUGGUCAAGGGAAUUGUAUCUCUGUCUGAUAUCCUGCAGGCCCUGGUGCUCACAGGUGGAGAAAAGCCCUGAGCCUGGGAAAGGGGUCAGACAGUAUCAGGGGAUAUGCCCUGAUCACUGCCUGCCCAAAGCUCUGGGAACCACAGAUGAAACCUUGAAAGAAUUGUGACUCUGUGUCCUGCUUAGGGAGCCCUCUACCCUGCUCCCUGCAAGCUGGGAAAGUAUGGGGGCAGGAAGGAGAAUGGAUUUUUAGCUGUCUUCAUCCUCACACAUACACUUGAGGAAAACGUGUAGCCUAGCCCACCCCAGCCCCUGCCCUUUUUGACAUAGCCCCCUUUCUGGGUAACCCUCAGGCAAAUUCUGAUCUCUAAGAGAUCCCCAGACCUCACGCAGCCUUUGUCUCUAUGUCUGCCUGACUCCAGCCUAAGAUAAUACAACAAAACUCUUCAUAAAGAUAUUUUUAUUCAUCCUGUUUCAUGCUGUAUGGAGGAGGCUGAGUCUAUUUAGUGACAUUUCUUCCCCUAAUGGGAGUGGGAGGAUUGUGGAGAGGAGGGCCUUUGGGUUCCAAGAUGGGGGUUAGCUGGGGGAGGAGGGCAGAAUGCUUAGCUGAGGUCAUUGCUUCUCAUGGCAAACCUAAUUAAAAUGACAGGAACCUCUU